UAAAGGCGAUUAAGCGAUGGAGAGCGGAGAAACGGCGACGGCAGCUGUACCCGCAAAACAGGCUUCUGACCUCGUUGGAAGGAAAUAUCCUGCAGAUCAAUCUCCAUCAUAACACAACGGCUUAAGGAAAGCUCUUUAAAAUCUUAGAGAGUAUUUGCUACGAUAUGGCUGCAAUCCAGGAACCUUGGAUAACAUCCGGAAACGAGAUGGGUGGACUGCAGUUUGAUAACAUAAAUGUAUACUACGUUCUAACAGCAAGGAAGACUAAAUCGGUCUUCCUGGUGAAACAAUGUGUAAAUGCCUACUUACUAUCUAAUUAUAGAACAAAUCACCUGACACUGUGAUUGCCAUUGAGGGAGAGGACAGAGGGCUCAGACUCUUUGCCUCAUGCUACAUGGCUCACAACGACGAGACGCCACCCAUUGAGCUGAAAAAGCUUACGGAAGAGGGCAACAAAGAUGUGAAUAAUCGAGAAUACACUUUUGGAAGAGGUGGAACAUGUUUGUGAACUAUACUGGAACCUGAAGGACGAGUCGCAAAACCAGGACAUACACUCAUUAAAUAAGAAAAUCAAGCGCAGCCCAUACAAUGCCCUGCUAUUGCAGAAAUACAAUAUGCUUGUGGAGAUCAAUGAUCGACGCUUUUGUCAAUUGCUGUUCGUUCUCAAACAGACGGUCACACAAUUGCUACGCAAGUCCUCACAGUCGGAUAUGUGGUUGAGUUGGGCAUUACAAAUAACAAAUCUCUACAAUAAAUGGUGUCGCCGCAAGAAGUCAAAAGAUAUCGUCAAUGGCGAUGACUUGUCGCAGGAGGCAAACGCUGCGACUCCAACCAGUAAGAAGAGGGACCGACAGUCAGGUGAAGCUGGAGCAGAUGAAUCUAGUGCGGAGUGGAAUGCCAAUAUAUGCAGUAAUAUGUGUCCAGCAUUGUUGCUCCCGCAGAAACCAAUUGACUUCGCACACGUCUUACAGCAUGCCUCGCAAACGCGCAUCGAACAAAACUCACUGGACUUGCUGUUCGGCCUCUUCAACUUGAGUGAGCAGGAGCAAGCCGAGGCAGCAGCUGCAGCUGCAGGCACUUCCUCCGGCGCCAUGCCUGCUGCAGCGGCUCCAAGUGCAACAACUCUCACUGCCACGGCGGAUGUUGCCGCUGGAGAAAAUUGUGAAUCGACUGCCUCUAGUUUGGAAAUUUUACGCAUUCUCACGCUCAACAUGCACGGUGACAAUGAUGAGUUUCGCAGCUACAGCAAUGACAAUGAGGAUGUGGGCAGUAAGGGGCGUAUGCAGAAAAGUAAUUGCCGCAAAUAUGCUGAGCAUUUUUUACAGCGUGAACGUUUAUAUCUCACCCAGCUUAUAGAUAAAGCGUACGAUUACUGUCCGAGCAUAUUUGGUAAAAGUUGCACACGUGAGGAGUUGGGUGAGUUUGUUAUGCGCGGCAUGCGUUUGAUGUGGUCUAAUGUUGGACUCCUUUUGGAUCACAUCAUUUUGUGGUGGAUUGAUACUCCGCUUGCUUGUUAUCCGCUGACGCAUGUGGAAACUAUGAGAAACUGGCUAAAGAAUCAUACGCAGGAAGACAUUCCGGAACCCGUUUACUCAACGUUGCGUGGCGUUGCUGAAAGUCUCACAAAUUUCGUCGCCAAUAACGUUUGGGAUCAAUUGUUUCGGUAUACUUUAUUGUCAACAAAUUGUCAGCCGGCAACGAUGGAACGUGCUUUACAGUUAUAUCGACCUGUUGGUCAAGAUGAGCAUUUGGGCACCUACACUGGCGGUUUUUGGGACUUGGUCUUCAAGAAUUUGAUAGAGUUAAGCAACAGCUAUUUUCCAAGCAGUGAAGUACAAAUGCAAAUCAGCACUCUACCUGUGGCCGAACAAAUACCCAUAUUGCACCGCAUUGAUCAUUCCGUACACUCCAUGCGUUUGUGGGUGAAAGAGCAAGCCAAACAACUUUGCUGUGAAUGGCAAAUGGAUCGUUUCUUUCGCAUUUUGGAGCACGAUGUGCGCGUUUGUUUAGCCGGCUUCAGCACCCACAAGCUACCAAAACUAACUGCCGAUCUCACAGAUAUUCUUAUGCUGGUCAAUGUUGCAUUGCGCGCUAAGUUGAUGCUGGAGAUCAAUAUCAAUAUUGAUAAAUUGAAGAAAACUAACGAAGAAUGCGUGCAAAUCAUGUCCGAAGUUUGUCGCAUACUCAGUCUUGCCAAUUUCAAGCUUGCCUUCCCGCCUGCCUCGCAUUGGCAGCAGCGCGUUUUCGAUGAAGAUGGGAAAAGCGAUUAUGUUGAUUAUGUGUUGGACCAAAUAUUUCUGCCUGCCAUUAAAGCCACCAAGGAUUUGGUUAUUUUGAAGUUGAUUUUAAAGAUUAUUUGCGAGGCUUGGCUGGACUAUAUUUAUAUGAAACGCAUCAAAUUCAGUGUAAACGGCGCCGUGCAAUUGCUCAAUGAUUUCGAUUGCGUGCGCGAGUGGAUACUGGCCUGUCCUCUGCUGGACGUGACUCAGUUGGAAAAGUUGAGUAACCACGAGGUGUUGCGCAUGUGCAAGGGUGUGGGUAAAAUAUUGCUGCGUAAGCCGGAGGAUGUAAUUUCGAUAAUUCAAUCGCCAAAAUUUGAAUAUGAUCGGAAGGCAGUGGGCGCUGAUGCUGCCGCCCAAGAAACCCAACUGCCAUCAGAAAUGUUUGUGUCAAAUCAAAAAAAUUGGUUACAGUUGCGCGCCAGCAAAGGAAACAUUUUCAGCUGGUGCUGUGGCGAUUCAGCGGUGUAAAUCAAAUACAAAAACAACCUCAAAAUCUUGUUCAGUAAGCAUGAAAGCUAAACAAUGAUAUUUCAGCUUAAUAUUUUUUUUUU